GGUGUGUGUUUUGGGGGUGGAGGGUUAAGCCGGAAGUGGCGCCAGCCCCACAUAGUGGCGGAGAGGAGUGUGGGCUGUUCUAGGUGUUUGUGUGUUUUGCGCUGCAGUGUCUCGGACGCUAGGAGAGACUUUCCUGAGGAGAAUUGGCGGAUAUACAGGAGAUGCAGUGUGAAAUCUGAAUUUAACUGGACCCCUUGAGCUUCCCCGUACCGUAGGCUAUCCACGGGCGAAGUUGGUCUCUUCUGGGCCUUUGUCCUCUGGAAAACAGGUCCAGAGUUCAUUCGGGCUGCGUAAGUCAGCUGUUGCAGGCACUGACUUUUAGUCCCAAACCUCAUGGGCAAGCCCCAGGGGUCCUCCCACCCCCCAGUGGAAGCCGGGCCGUUUUCAGAAUCCCGGUGGUGGUGAUGCCCUCGUUCCCUUUCUCAGCUGGAGUGAGGCAGGGCUGGCCCUCUUUCAUAGGAGGCUGACAGUAACGCAGGCUAGAGGUUGCCAUGUUAUUUGACAGUGGGGUAAAGGAGUGUGAAAUUCUGUGUUGCAGGGGACAUCGUCAGAGACCCUCAGGGUGUCCAGGGCAGAGCACGAGUCUUAAUUUUGCCUCAUUUCUCAUUUGAAAUGAAUGCUGUGAGAGAAAUGGAGGCGUCCCAGGCACCCAGAAAGUGCUAGCCUGGAACCCCAAUUUCCAGCCUCCUACCCAGCUUGCAGCGUUACUCAAGUAGAUGCGUUCUCACAGAUGCUUUGGCGCUUUAUUGUCCUUAAACCCUGACCAGCUUCCUAACCUUCACCCCAAGGCUUCUCUAGAUUUUACUCUGCCCAUUGGGAAAGUGACUGUUGGGCUCAGCCGAGGAUGCUUGGCCUUUGUUCCAGCCACUGGGCACUCGCAACUGUGUAUGGUGUGACCAGGGCUUGUUCUGUUAUCUCACGGCCAGGAGGGGUGUUCUUGGCAGGCUUGGGUCUGGCCAGCUAUGUGGGUAGAAGGGCAUCUGUUCCUGUCCUGCACAUGGGGCUCAGUGACACAAGGCCUCACACAGUGCCUGGGGACUUCUCUAAGGUUGCAUCAUACUGCCCCUGCAGAGUUGAACCUGAACCUCUUGCUGCACUGACCCUGAGUUUUGGCAUUCCUCAGGUUGUGUGCCCUGAGUAUGCGCCCAGGCCCAGCCGACAUAUCCAGAUUCCCAGGCUCCCCAGCCCAAUCCAUGAGCCAGUGAAAUAAGGCAGGCUGAAGGCAGCCAUGGGCGUCAGGUGGUGCUGAGGGCAGUGGGGCAUGGCUGCAGCCCUGCAGGUCCUGCCCUGCUGGGUCCGAGCCCCCUUGCGCCCACUCCUCUGGGGUGGCCCCGUGGCCCGGCUAGCCAGCAGCAUGGCCUUAGCAGGGCAGGCACGGCAGCUUUUUGAGAGUGCUGUGGGUGCUGUGCUGCCGGGCCCCAUGCUGCAUCGGGCGCUGUCCUUGGACCCUGACGGCAGGCAGCUGAAGGUGCGGGACCGGAGCUUUCAGCUGCACCAGAACCUCUACCUGGUGGGCUUCGGCAAGGCUGUGCUGGGCAUGGCAGCUGCCGCCGAAGAGAUCCUGGGCCAGCAUAUCGUGCAGGGUGUGAUCAGCGUUCCCAAGGGGAUCCGUGCUGCCAUGGAGCACGCCGGCAGACAGGAGAUGUUGCUGAAGCCACACAGCCGAAUCCAGGUAUUCGAAGGCGCAGAGCACAACCUACCGGACCGAGACGCUCUGCGGGCUGCCCUGGCCAUCCGGCAGCUGGCUGAGGGGCUCACAGCUGAUGAUCUGCUGCUCGUGCUCAUCUCAGGCGGGGGCUCAGCCCUGCUGCCAGCCCCCAUCCCACCUGUCACCCUGGAGGAGAAGCAGAUGCUCACCAAACUGCUGGCAGCCCGUGGAGCCACCAUCCAGGAGCUGAACACCAUCCGGAAGGCCCUGUCCCACCUCAAGGGUGGGGGGCUGGCUCAGGCCGCCUACCCUGCACAGGUGGUAAGCCUGAUCCUGUCAGAUGUGGUGGGCGACCCUGUGGAGGUGAUUGCCAGUGGCCCCACUGUGGCCAGCACCCACAGUGUGCAAGAUUGCCUGCACAUCCUCAACCACUAUGGCCUCCGGGCUGCCCUGCCACGUUCUGUGAAGACCGUGUUUGCUCGAGCUGACUCUGACCCCCAUGGGCCACACACCUGUGGUCACGUCCUCAACGUGAUCAUCGGCUCCAAUGUGCUUGCACUGGCUGAGGCCCAGCGGCAGGCCGAGGCACUGGGCUACCGGGCCAUGGUGCUGAGCACGGCCAUACAGGGCGAUGUGAAAAGUAUAGCCCAGUUCUAUGUGCUGCUGGCUCAAGUAGCUGGCGCCCGCCUCACCCCAUCCACGGCAGGGUCUUUGGUAGAGGAGGAUGCAAAACUCCAUGAGCUGGCAGCUGAGCUCCAGCUCCCAGACCUGCAGCUGGAGGAGGCUCUGGAGGCCCUGGUUGGGGCUAGGGGCCCAGUCUGCCUGCUGGCUGGUGGUGAACCCACGGUGCAGCUGCAGGGCUCUGGCAAGGGGGGUCGGAACCAGGAGCUGGCCCUGCGAGUUGGAGUAGAACUGGGAAGAUGGCCUCUGGGGUCUGUUGAUGUGCUAUUUUUGAGUGGUGGCACUGAUGGGCAGGAUGGACCCACUGAGGCUGCUGGGGCCUGGGUCACACCUGACCUUGCCAGACAGGCUACUGUUGAGGGCCUGGAUGUGGCCACCUUCCUAGCCCACAAUGACUCCCAUGGUUUCUUCUGCCGCCUGCAGGGUGGGGCGCAUCUGCUGCACACAGGGCUGACAGGUACCAAUGUCAUGGAUGCCCACCUCCUGUUCCUGUGGCCUCACUGAUGGUGUAGGUCACAUUUUGGGAGCCGGGAGGAGGCCAACAGGGCAGGGUCCUAGGGCAGCCCAGAGUUGGUCCCCAAGGCCUCUUCAUGAUUUAGGGCCCGUCAUCUUGGUCCUGGCUGCUUGGUUGGUGCUUGUACCACCCACCCAGGGGCUGUGCUCCAUGUCUAUUACCCCCCAUUCAGCUUGGCAGAUGGGGGUUCCUGCCGCGGCUGAUCCCUAAAGACCAGGACAAUUGUCUGGUCUGGUUCUCUGCCCCUCUUCCCCCCCGGGCAGUCCCCCUGUUUGUUUGUUUUUCUGUGGAGUGAAACAAGAAAGACUGAAAAUAAAAAGGACUACACUGGUG